GGCAACAGGAAGUGGGCAACAGUGGAGGGGCAGCGGGAUGGAGGAAGCGCAAGUGCUGGGCGUGUUGACGGCCCUGGGGUACUCCGGGGAGCUCACCAAGGAGGGUGCCUUGUCCCAGGAGGCGGAGCAGGGCCCCCUCAGCCCGUGCUUCACGGCCGCCUGCUCCUGGCUGGUGUGCGAGCUGAAAGCCGUCAGCCCGCUGGAGGAGUGCCUCACCCCAACAACAGGCCCUGAGAACGCGGAGGCUUUCCUGCUGGAGGUCAGCGGGCUGCUGAGCGAGCUGCACUGCCCUUACCCGUCCCUCACCACGGGUAACGCCACCUCCAGGCUGAAGGACAAGGAGAGCUCCCUCCGGCUGCUGCUGUUUCUGGGCUCGGAACUGCAGGCGGCAAGGCUGCUUCGCUCCAAGCAGUCCCCGCAGGAACGGCAGCAGGCGCCGAAGGAGGCCGGCAGCGGUGACGAAGUCUCCAGAGAGCUGCGGGCUCUCUGUCAAGCGCUGGGCAUGGCUGGACCCGCGGCAGACGCUUCUAUGGCAGCGCUCUUCGGGGACCUGGAACUGAAAAUCCGAGACAUCAGUUCCAGUCUGCCAGAGGACGCGGUGGGGAACCCCUUGCUGACCAGGAGCCUGGAGUCUGGCCAAUGGGAGCGCCUGGAGGAGAUCCAUCAAGCCAUGUGCAUGGAGUAUGGGUGGCGCCGGCAGAUGCUGAUCACUCGCCUGGACGUGACGGUGCAGUCGUUCCACUGGUCGGAGCGCGCGCAGCAACAUGGAGCGGCAAUGGUUCGUCUGUACGAGCCUCUGAGGGACGGCCUGUGCUCCCGGCCUAGUGUGACACUCGCCCUCCUACUAUCUGCGCGGGAGGACCUCUCCGUAAUCACCAAGACCACCAGCCAGAGCAGUCGGGAGAAAACAGCCUGCGCUGUCAACAAGAUCCUGAUGGGCCCCGUGCCGGAUCGCGGGGGGAGGCCUGGUGAGAUCGAGCCGCCGAUGGUCAGGUGGGAGAGCAGGAGGAGUGGGAGCGGAGGGAGAAAGGAGAAGCGGAGGGGUAAAGGGCGGCAGCACUAAGGCAGCUCCCCCGGAGAGCCCCGUGACCUCGCGGGCUCCUUGCGGGAAGUUCUACAGCACUCCCGGCGACCGGGGUUUCCCGUCUCCGCGUCGGCGCGAGGUCCGCAGAGCAGGCUGGCUAGAUUGACGUCUUCGUACGGGGCAAAGGUGUCGAUCGGUGCCCGUGGACUCCUCUGUCUCGCAAAAUUUCAGCACGUCCAGUAAAGGGAGAACGCCACUGGCUUGCUGGAAAAGCACCGAGGCACAGGUGAAGUGUGGCUCGAACGUCAGCUGCUCCCACCACUGGCUCGUCGGAAGUGCGCUUGCGAGCAGUGAGGAAAAGGGGCACGACUCUGCGUACUGUGCAUGGCCUAAGUUGUAGAGCUGCUUGAAUGAUAGCGGAACAGCCUUCCUUUGUGUUUGUGUGUUGGGGGGGAAAGAUGUUUGGUGGGGAGAGAGUGUUAUGUUUAUAUACAGAGGGAGAACCUCUGGGUGGUGAUGUGAGCCAUUUCUGGCACUAAUCCUGGUUGCUGUUGCCCACUGGUUAUGCUCUAGAUGUAGUUUUGUGAAGGUCCCUCCCUCAACCAGAGCUUAGUUGAGGAGAGAAUGGUUCGCAAAGUUUCCGUUUUGUAAAAGAAAAAAAGAUUUUUUUUUGGGUGGGGGUUGGUAUUUGCUGGGAAUCAAUGUUGUGAUGACAAAGAUUUUAUUUUUAAUUAGAAAUAAAACCAAAUGUUCCCCAGUUCUCAGUAGUUUUCUUUUGGAAGGCGAGAUACCACACUUCUGAUUUACAGAAUCUGAGGGGUAUAGAUGGGGUAACUGCAAGCAGGUUUUUCCCUCUGAGGUUGGGUGAGACAAGGUCAUGGGUUAAGGGUGAAAGGUGAAAUGUUUAAGGGAACAUCAGGCGCUAUUCCAGUAGCCCAAUCGCAUUGGGAGUGAGACAGGAGGCAUCCCACAGUUCCGCGAGUGGGACUUUUAAAAGGAGUACUCGCUCGCAGGCUUUGUGUUUUCUGGUGACCCAAUCAAAUAGUGAUUGAUUAGCAAGGGCAAAUAAAAACAAGGUCGAGACCAGCAGAGCGGCCAUUGUUGGAGUGGGCCAGUGUUAAGAAUGAGGAGGAUUUAGCUCAUCGGGGUUCGGUGAGAACAGGCUUGCGUGAGGUACGUAUCUAGUAAGUUUUUGUCAUCUUCGUUCUUCAGUGGAUGGGGCAGUGAGGGCGGCUCCAGGGGCUGUCCUGUGCUCUUUGUGGGAGAUGUGGGGAACCUGGGAGACCAAGAGCCUCCCGGAAAACCACGCACAAAGUGCACCAAGCUGCAGCUCCUCCGAGAACGCGUUAAGGAACUGGAGGUGCAGCUCGAUGACUCUCAGCUCAUGCGGGGAAACCGAGGAGAAGAUGGGAGCUAGAGGCAGGUGGCCACCCCUGAAUUGCAUGAGGGCAGGUACCUGAGUGACUGUCAGGAGAGAGAACGGAAAUGGGCAGUUA